AUGUCGGAUGGCGAGCCCGUGCCGGCGCAGGCCCCCGUCGAGAAUCGCGUCAACCAGGCUUUCCACAAUUUGCGAGCCGCUGAACAACAGCUCCAGAAGACUGCCACGGUCUACUCGAUCCUGGAGGCCAGCCUGACCGCGCCAAAAAAGAUCGCGGCGAGGGCCAAGACUGAAGAUUCGGAGCGCGGGGCUGCACAUCAGGCAAUGGUGGCCGAGCUGCACGAGAAAGACCAGGAGAAGGCUAAGCAGAUGGCCGCGCAGCUCAACGCUGCUCUCAAGGAGUCCGCAACUAAUAUUUUCUCCGACGCGGCGGCGCGCGUGGAGCACACCAGGUGCCAGCAGAUCGCGCCCACGGUGGACGCGUGGGCACGUGAGGAGUUCUUGGAGGAGUGUGAGCGGAACAGUUCGGCGGCGCGGGAUCAUGCGCUCGCGGUUCUCAGCGGGCUGUCCCCGUCGAAGGCCGCUCCCAGGUUGCAGAAGCAGGCCAAGAAGAAGCUGGCCGAGAAGCAACAGACACUGAAGAAGGUGGGGGUCGUGAAGGACCCUGACGAGGAGCCUGGCGUGCUGGAGGAGGCCACGGCCACGGCGGCCGCCGAACGCCUCGUGCCGAUGAUGGCGGAGGCCGCGGAGGCGUCGGACGAGGCGCACGAGGGGCCGCCGGAGGCUCCUGCCGAGGCGCCCGCCGACCGCCAGGGGCCGCUGCCGGCGCGGGCGGUGCAGGCUGCGCAGGCCUCGGGCGCGCGGAGGAUGGUGGCACGGGCGGAGGCGACUGCUGCUCGAGUGAGGAGGGCCGCGGCCAUUGCCAGCGCAGGUGCCGCUCAUGGCGCCGAGCACGAGGCGCGGUAUGAGGCUACGGCCGCGGCGGCCGCCCAGCGCCAGGAGCCGUUGUCGGCGCAGACGGCGGAGGCCGCGCAGGCCUCGAGCGCGGAAGAGGUGGUGCUGGCGGAGGUGGGCCAGCGGUUCGUGAGCGAGCAGAGGGAGAUCGACAAGUACUUUGCCCAGGACAUGAAGACGCUGCUGUCCAAGAGCCAGGUCUUCCGGGACUGCCACGACGAGUUCAUCCGAGACCUGAUCGUGUCCUCCAAUCGCAAGGAGUACGCCCCGAACCGGUACUUGAUGGAGGAGGGCCAGCGGGGCGACUCCAUGUUCGUGCUCUUUCGGGGCGUCGUGGAGGUCACGUCCAACGGGCGCUAUGUGUGCAAGCUGCGCAGCGGCUCCAUCGUGGGCGAGGCGGCCCUCCUCAACGUCGACAACCGGCGCACCGCCUCGGUGCGGUCUGUGCAGAAGUGCGACGUGGCGAUCAUCUUCCGGAGCGUGUUCCACUCGAUCCUGGAGAAGUACCCCUGGGAGAAGAAGAAGUUCCAGCGGGAGAUGAAGGCCAAGCUCAUGGAACUCGGGAAGCUGGUAGACAUCAAGGACGACCUGAAUCUGGAGCAGCAGGCCGUGCACUGCGAUGCGCUGAAGAAGGUGCCCUUCUUCGCGAACGACGACUCCCUGCACGAGUUUGUGGCCGAGCUGGCGAUGAAUGCCACGUCCACCUGGUAUCGCCCUGGCCGCGUCAUCAUCCAAGAGGGCGACACUCGAUGCGACGAGAUGUUCGUGCUCCUGCAGGGAGCGGUGGAGAUGACCGCCUGCGGCGAGUACCUGGGUCGCCUGGAGAACGACCUCUUCGGAGAGAUAUGCAUGCUAGACCUGCUGGAGAGAAGGACCUCGAACGUCACGGCAGCGACGCAGUGUCAUUGCAUAGUCUUCAGCAGGCAGGUGGUGAUCCCGAUCCUCGCAAAGUACCCCGAGGCCCGCAUCAAGCUGCUGGAGCACGCGCGCCACCGGCUGGUCUCGUUGAACGAGGCGGUCGGCGCGGCCGGCGCAGUUGUGCCUGUGGACCUGGCGAAACCCGCCGCGCGGUUGCCGGGCUGCGCGCUGGGCUUCGGGAGCGCCAUCCCGAGCGCCGACGCGCACCUCUUCUCGGCCAACCCCAUCUUCCAGGGGGCGAGGCUGGACCUGCUCCAGGAGCUGAGCCACCGCAUGGAGACCAAGAAGCUGGACGCGGGCACGGCCCUCAUCGAGGAGGGCACCCCAGCCCGCCGCGACGACUUCGUCUACUGGCUGGCCAAGGGCGAGGUGGAGGUGUGGAGCGAGGGGUCCUUCAUCGCUGUGCUGCAGGAGGGCGCCGUGGUUGGAGAGCUGGCCGCUUUCGGGCCUGCCGAGCGCCAGGCCACCGUGACGACACGGACCCCGGUGGUCCUGCGAGCGCUGCGGGCCACGCUCCUCCGCGACGCGCUUGAGAAGUGGGAGGACCCCAAGCUCAUGGAGAGGUGGGAGGCCGAGAUGGAGAGCAGGAUGCAGCGGCUUGAGCAGAAGAGGAAGCUCAAGGAGCAGAUGCAGAGCAAGACCACGAAGAUCGACCUCAUGUUCAUGAAGCUGACGGGCAGAGACUGCGAGGGCACGGUGAAAGCGCCCCGCAACGAGCCGCUCGCGGACGCCCUCAACAGCCUCGUCGACCCCCUGCGCAAGACGCCAGGCACGGCUCGGCUGCCAGCCCUGCCGCCGCCUCGCGGCGAGCGGGGCGCCAUGCCGCUGACGGCCCGCUGA